AUGGCCAUUCUGGGAUUCUCAGGACCUAAAUCAAACUGGGCCUUCCCUCAGAGAAAGCAAAGGCCCCAGACAUGCUGGCGGCUGAUGCAGCUCCCCAGUGCCACCCCAUGGCUCCCCAUGACCCAGUCCAAUCCCACAGAUGCCCACGGCCCAGAGUACGGUUUUGCAUAUUUCCCAAAGACUGUGUACUCUCGUAUUACGUGUGCACUGAAGCAGUCGGUGCACGCUGCCAUGACCCUUGGUGACAAUGUCCCCUGUGGCCUUCCUCCAAGGCUUGCUCCAGCAAGCUCUGACAUGCUGUCCUCCCUGAUCUUCUGGGCUGCGGCUUCUCCGACCUCCCCUAGCUCCUACAGACAGAGGAGCAACAGCAAGGCACAAGCACACCGUAUGUGUAUUCUCUUUCAACUGUCCUUAAAAAGGUUCCAUUUGUCACCUCCGCCCCGCUCACAGGCGCCCGCACUCUGGGGCCAGGCCCUCGCGGGCUCCCGGGCUCCUCCGAUCGCUUCCCUGACAAUCCGGGCCGCAGGGCCGGCCCAGCGGGUGUCGCACGGGAGGGCACGUUUGGGCGGCUCACGCCGUGUUGGUCUUCCCUGUGUGCUGUACGGGAACACGUUCGUGCCUGCGCCCCGCGGGGCAGAGCCGUCUCCCCGCCCCGCACGCCGCGCCCGCAGGCUCCGCUGCCCGCAGCCUCUUCCGACGCCCCCGGCCGCGCGCCCACCUCCCCGCCGCGUGCUGUGCGGGGCUUCCGCUCCUGCGCACGAAUGCUUCUGCGAGCUCUCUCGGAAGCCGCUGGGGGGCGGGGAAUCUGCGGAGGAAUGGCGCUUUAUACAUCGAAAAAUAAUAACAACAGAGCGUACGGAUUACUACACUGAGCAUGAUGUCCCCCAGGCUCAUCCAUGUUGUAGCGUGUGCCAGGUUUCCCUCCCUGUUAAGGGCUCAAGCAGACGGCAGCAUGACUCCUAUAGGAUGAGCAGUAGCCAAGUGUGGCUGGCCUUCGCCUUCCAAGAAAGGUGGUGUUUCCUGGCAUCUACAGGGCCUUCGCCACUCUUGAGGGAUCUCCAGCCCCUCUGCUCCCAGGCGGGACUGCCCUCCAGCACUGAAUCUUCUGACUGCCACGGGUUUCACUGAGCCAAGUGGACGGAGGGUUGGCCUGCUUCCGCUGAGGGUGUGUGUGCCGUCGCCAGCAUAGGGGUGGGAGUGGCUGGCCUGUCACAGGAACAUCUUGGGCCUUCUGGCAGGCAUCCCUGAGGGUGGCUUGGACCCCAGUGUGGCCCUCUCGGGGUUCCCAGGUUUGCUUGGCCUUUCCUUCACUUUUUUGGUGAGGGGGCCUUCAGUCUUGGAAUGGCUCCAUUCCAAGAGUCCCUGGAGACACACGCUCACUCCACCUGCUCGCGAGCCUGGUGCUCGCAUCACAGCGCCCGCCACCGUUGCCUGCGGGUUCGUUCCUGAGGCUGGGCGGAGCAGUAGCCCUCCGUGGCAGUGCCUUGGUGUCGUGCUGCUCUGGCCUGUUUUUUCCAGGGUGUCGCCGGGGUGGUCCCGGGAUUUUAGGAGUCGCAGAGGUCCGAUCAGGAUGAACAAACGUCAGUCGGAGCCCCAGUGAUGCACUGCGGGAUCCCUGUCUCAGUCCUGCCUAGAUGAUGUGCGGCUUUCUGCGUUUCUGCUCCUGCUGUGUGGACGGCUGGCAUUCGUUGAUCUUGCACUUCCUGUUUGGGUUUGUUUAGGCCUCGGCAAAGUGUGGAGCUGCCUCCGCCCAGCAGAGGCCCAAAUCACCUCCUCAUUUAGAGGGACUAUGUCUCUAGAGAGAAGAAGACAUGCCAAAAACGAAAACCUCACAGGAGCUUUUUGUCCACUUGCAAGCGAGGUACAGACAUGUUUGAGACGGUGGAUGGACUUUUUUUUUUUCCUUUUCUCUCUUUCCAAAAUCUGGGCACACCAUGGCCCUGUGAUGGAGAAGAAGUCGAGGACCUGGCAAGGAUCUUCUUUCUUAGGAGUCAUGGAGGGCUGACCAGUCUGAAUAAAGCCCACGGGGAGCCCAUGUGACCCAGCGUCUGGGUGGCAGCCUGUGGACAGUCUGCAGCUCAUCUGGAUCACACAGCUCAGCUGAACUCACAGCUGGAGGUCCAGCACUGCCCAGGGGCUGGCGGCCAUCCUGUUUGGGUGGGGCUCUGCAGGAUGGGCAACCACACGACCGUCUCCCCGGGAGCCUGGGAAAAGGGAGGGUCCACAGAUUACAAGGGGACAAGACCCUGUUGGACAAAAAUGUCCAAGUGGGAAGCUGCCUAGCUCUGACCAGGUCUGGGAACUCAUUGGAAUUGGCAGUCAUCUAAAUAUAGCCUGUUUAUAGCCUGUGAUCUGACUUUCUCAGGCACUGUUUGUAUGAGAGCUGGUAACUAUAGCACAAUUUUUCUAAACUGGUCAUUUUCUACACUAACUUUUUAUUUGCAUUUGAAAUGAUUUUAUUAUUGGCACCAGAGAAUUAAAACCUCAGACUAUUGCUGUGGCUGAAAGCUACGCACAGCUUUCCGUGAACUCUUUUAUCAGCCUGUUUGGGUGUUUGAACAUUUAAAGCAAGCAAGAUAAGGGAAUCUGAAGGGAUUGCUUCUUUUCACAUCUCAUCAUUCAUCCAACUUUGUUUUUAACUGUUCAGUUCAGUUCACUGAAUGUCUGUAU